UGCUCAGCGAGCAAGCAGCAAACCCCCAGACCCGUACACACGCUUUUUCGCUGUUUGCGACAAACGUUUCAAAGCGAUUCUGCGUACUUCUCAUAGAACGAUGGCGCCUGCAAGUGCCCAGAUUCCGAACAUCCCCCCUAUUAAAGAUGCUAUAUAUUUCCAUAGCAACAAGUUCCCAUAUCUUGCAAGGCUGACCAAUGCGUCUCUAUAUACAGCGAGGCUUUACCAAUCCCACUCCCAAGACCGAAUCUGCGCGUUCCGCUCUGAGCUCCUUCACCUGCACGCUCUGCAACAAGUCCUAUUCUCGCCAUCCAGAAUAUGAGGCUCAUAUUUCUUCAUAUGACCAUCAACACCGCAAGCGUCUUCAAGACCUCAAACAAUUAUCUCGGGACCCCAAUGCCGCCGAGAAGGCCAGAAGAGCCGAACGGAAGGCUGACGCCGAGGCCGGGUUAAGGGUCCUCGACACCCCCAAAGCUGCCUCAUUAUCGACUACGGGAACUGGAUCUGGAGUAGGGAGCAGUACGGGAGGUGGGGGAGGGUUCAAAAAGGGGGGGUUCAAAAGUUCCUUUACCACUGUCAAAGGACCUGUGGCUCCUGCUGCUCCCACGAAGAAAAACGUCCUAGGCGGUGACGAUGAAGACAGUGAACUUCCAGAAGCAGAUGAUGAGAGUCUGCGGCGCGCUCGGAGCCAAUCGUCAAAGCGCGAAAACAUGCAGGUUGAUCAGGCGGAGAGCGAUACAGAUGAAGAAUACGACCGGAAUAGAGGCAUGAAUGGGGGGUAUUACAAUCCUCGAAAUCCCACCGGUUGUUCCCCUGCAUGCGCUGGUGCUAGGAACGUUCCCUUAGAGACAUCCUUUAUCUGAAGGAGCACCACGCGGAGCACAGUACGGAUAUGGCGAUCACAACGACUAUGUGCUGUGACGUCAAAUGGCCGAUCACUAUCCCUGUUUCCUUUCCUCAAGACUUGAUGAGACCAUUACGUAUGUGGAGAAUGCUAUCCAGAAGCAAGACAUUACAGGCAUGGAGGUAGCUUUCAACCGUCUUUCUCCUAUGCCGAAGUCGAUCACCUGGGAAUAGCAACUGCACCGGAGGAGCAAGCCCAAAUUCACUGCGGGCUCGUUCGUGGUGGCAUACGCCAAACAUGAGCAAAGCCAGAUGCGAUUUUAAGAUGUUACGAAAGAAUACAACCAUGCCCGA